AUGGAAGAAGGGAGUCACUCAACGGAAGCGGUGUCAAAGGCGAAACUAAAACAGACACCUCCGAUGAUUUUCGCAAGAUGGAGGACUGUUUACCAAGACAAUUCGACGUCUAGGAAAUUGGUGGAAGUGAUGCCCGACAUGGAAGCUGCACCCAGUCCUGUGACAGAAGAGGACUUUAAACUACAGAAACAGAAGAUAAAGAGACGGUCCACAAUCUUAUUCUCUUUGCUGGAACUGCAAGUGGUUUUUGUAUGUUCUACUGUGACUAAUAUAGAGUGCAACAUGAACAACCUGUCACAGGAUGAUUGUGAUUUCCUGACCUCAUAUGCAGAAGAUGAGGGCUGUGCAAAAUGGGGCAAACACGAGUGUGUCAAUGAUAAGUGUAAACUAAAGCUAACCAAAUCACACUACAUGCAGUGUAUUCGAGAGUGCUGCAAAAAUGACACAUAUAGGAGUGCCUUGGCUCUGGCACGAGCAGCCACCGUCAGCGACACAUCAUCCUCAACAUUAUCAACAUCAUCAACGACAACAAUAACAAAAACAACAACCACCAAAACAGCAACAACAACCACAACAAGAAAAACAAAAACAUCGACUCAAAAUGGUGCUAAAAGUGAUGCAAAACCUAAAAACGAGUCAAGUACUACUGAAUCGGUUCAAAGUGUGUCGGAGACAUCAAGUUAUCCUGCGAGUUCAGACAAAAGCUCCGACAGUAGUUCCGACAAUAGUUCCGAUGACUCAAACUCGGAGGACAACAGUGCCACUGCGACUUCCAAGACAACCAAUCCGAAUGACCCUUCCCGUAACUUUGACUACUACGACAGUCCCUACUGUCAGAGGUGCAUGUUGCGAUACAGUGACAGCUGCAACAACUUGGGUGUAGCUUUCAACGCUGCCUUCAACAACACCUUCAUCGCCGCCUUCAACAACACCUUCAACGCCGCCUUCAACAACACCUUCAACGCCGCCUUCAAAGCUUCAGAGUUUCUUCACAAGACUUUGCCAUGA